AAGUUUUAUACUUAAACAGAAAAUGAAACAAGGUGGGGGGUCGUUGGACUGUGGUCAAAAGUCAACAACCGUUGAAAUUGUGCUCCUCUGACAGUGCCGAUGGAACCGUCGUCGGCGCCGGAGAAUCGAAGCUACUGGCGGUGGAGCAAGCGGGACUUCUUCCCGGAGAAGUCAUUCGAGAAUGGGAAAUCCUACUGCACGGCGUUGGCUGACACGUGUCCGCGCCUCAGGGACCGUCUUCUGAACCGCUCGAGCGACUCGCACGAGCUGCUCGUGCUCCCCCUUGCCAGCGAGCACCGCAUGAACCGCUGCCUCACCUGGUGGGACCUCAGCUGGUUGGCCUUCGGAUCAGUGGUCGGCUCCGGUAUCUUCGUCGUCACCGGACAGGAGGCCCGGUUCCACGCCGGCCCCGCCAUCGUCCUCUCCUACGCUGCCUCCGGCUUCUCCGCCCUCCUCUCAGCCCUCUGCUAUACCGAGUUCGCCGUCGACGUUCCAGUCGCCGGUGGCUCCUUCUCCUUCCUCCGCAUCGAGCUCGGCGAAUUCCUCGCUUUCGUCGCCGCCGGCAACAUCCUGCUGGAGGCUCUCGUCGGUGCCGCCGGGCUCGGCCGCUCCUGGUCUUCCUACUUCGCCUCCAUGGUGAAAUCUGACCCGGACUUCUUCCGGAUCCGGAUCCCCGGGUUCAAACCCGGGUUUGACCUGCUCGAUCCGUUAGCCGUGGCGGUUCUUCUCAUCACCAACGGCAUUGCCGUUAGCGGUACCCGCAAAACCUCGAUCUUAACCUGGAUGAGUUCCCUGAUCACCACAUUGGUGAUCGCGUUCAUAAUUAUAAUCGGCUUCGUCCACGGAAAGGCGUCGAACUUGUCGCCGUUUGCCCCUUUCGGCGUGGACGGUGUUUUCAACGCCGCCGCCGUGGUGUACUGGUCGUACAGCGGUUUCGACAUGGUGGCGACGAUGGCUGAAGAGACGAAAAAGCCUUCAAGGGACAUACCUAUUGGUCUGGUUGGGUCAAUGAGCAUGAUUACGGUGAUCUACUGCUUGAUGGCUUUGUCCCUUGUGAGCAUGGUGAAGUACACUGAAGUUGACGCUGACGCUGCUUACUCCGUGGCCUUUGUUCAGAUUGGGAUGAGUUGGGCUAAGUACCUAGUGAGCAUUUGUGCGUUGAAGGGGAUGACUACAAGCUUGCUUGUUGGGUCCAUGGGUCAAGCUAGGUACACCACUCAGAUUGCAAGAUCGCACAUGAUCCCACCUUUCUUCGCCCUCGUUCACCCCAAAACAGGAACCCCUGUGAAUGCCACUCUCUUGACCACUCUUUGUAGCUCUGUCAUCGCUCUUUUCUCUAGCUUGGAUGUUCUCUCUAGUGUUUUCUCCAUCAGCACGCUCUUCAUUUUCAUGCUUAUGGCUGUUGCGCUGCUUGUGAGGAGGUACUAUUCCAGGGAGAGCACUGGCAAGAGUGAGUUAGCCAGAGUUCUUAUCUGCUUGUUUGUGAUUGUUGGUUCUUCUGCUGUUGGGGCUGCGCUUUGGCAUUCACGGAUACUCGGUUGGAUCGGUUACACGGUUGCGGCUUGUGUUUGGUUUUUGGGAACUUUGGGUAUGAGUUUGCUUCCCAAGCAGAGAGCUCCCAAGGUCUGGGGAGUUCCCUUGGUUCCCUGGCUCCCCUCCUUGUCCGUUGCCACCAACCUCUUUCUCAUGGGCUCUUUGGGCACCGAGGCUUUCUGGAGGUUCAUCGUUUGCACUGCUGUCAUGUUUCUGUACUAUUUUUUUGUCGCUGUCCAUGCAACUUAUGAUGUCGAACAUCAGAAUGAAGGAAAGACUAAUGAUGAAGGAGUGCAAGAUGCUACUGAUCAAGAGGUGGUUGUUCUAUAGUGACCUUGCAAGAACAAAUCCUUAUUGCUGCUUGCUGCCUGCUGCUUUGUCAUAGUAUUAGUCUGUGAUUUUUGUGUUUAUACGUGUGAAGGGAACAGAAGUUGUGCUUCUUGAUUGUUCGGAACCUUGUUAUGAUGUAGAAGCUAAGAAUAGAACAGGGAGUAAGAUGCCUUAUGUAACUUCAAAUUCCCAUGCAAUCCAAAACGGUUUGUUCCAAACCUCAUUCUGACCUUGA